AUCGCCGAGCCAAGUUUCAAUAUGCGCCUUAUUGAAGCUGUUAAACAUAGCAGGUGUUUGUACGAUUCAACAGAUCGGCAAUACAGAAGCACAGAAUACAAGAUAAAGGUUUGGAAUCGUCUGGUCCAAGUUCUGCAGUUUGAUGGUGAUGCACGGACACUGUACGCACGUUGGAAGCAACUUCGAGACAAAUAUGGGAAGGAGAAGCGAAAGGUGAAGUAUCAAGGAGACCAAUCAACAUGGCAGUAUUUCAAACAUCUUUCUUUCCUUGAUCCACAUAUGAUCGAUAGAACGGCAAUUGAAUCUCCAGCAAGAAAGGAACAUCCUGAUCAAAUAACCGUGACGGACCCAUCCUUUGGAACCAAUCUCAUCGAAGAAGUUCGAGGGCACCCGUGUCUGUUCGAUAUUCGCGAUCCCAAGUAUAGGCACUCAGAAUGCCGAAAUCAAGCAUGGAAUAGUGUCAUUGCGCAUUUGAAUUAUCCAGGUGAUGUCAAUUCAAUAUAUAAGCAGUGGAAGAAGAUUCGCGAUCGUUAUGUACGUGAGAAAAGACGGUUACGUAUGCAGAGGGACAAUGGCGUCCACGAUGACAGUACAUGGGAUCUUUAUCCAGCCAUGUCCUGGAUCGACCCUUUCUUAGAUGAGCGAGCCCAGCUUUUAAGACAUGUGAAAAGGAAACAUGAUGAAGAGUUGUCCGAUUAUGGAUACAUGGUUGCGGAAAAAAGUAGAACUGGUGCUGACGUGCUGCUCGAUGGUGAUAGUGCUUUCGCUGCUUCGGCCGUGUCAGACCUACGUACACUCCCUGAGCACGCACGAGCAUUGGCUAAAGUAGGAAUUUCUGAUUUACCAAACAUACCAUCAUAUUCUUAUGAAUAUUAUUGCUUUGGAAUAGGAUAG